GCUUUUCCACCUAUGCCGCGGGCGACCACAAGCCAAGGAACCGGCGCCCAGUCGCGGCGGGGCGGAGGGGAGGAAGGAAAGGAAAGAGGGGAAAAAAAAAACAAAACACCACACUACACACACACACACACCCGGGAAAGCCGAAGGCACUAGCGGCUGACCUCAGCGCUGGGGAGCGGCCGCCCAGCGGCUCACGCGGCUUGACCAAUAAAAGCGCAGCCCAAACGGCGGCUCCGGCCGUUCGAGGGCUUAGCCGCCGUCGCUUCUGCCUCGCCGCUCCCGACUUUUUGACCGACCUGAGCGCCUCGAGGUGGGCAGCCCGACCCGGCCGAAAAAGGAUUUGACUCGGGGGUCGGCUUGGCCGGCGAGCGGUGGGGCAAAGAUGCUGUUUUGGCACACGCAGCCGGAGCAUUACAACCAGCACUCGACGGGCAGCUACUUGCGUGAUGUGCUUGCACUGCCAUUCUUUAAACAAGAAGAGCCUCAACUUUCCCCUGAGAAUGAUGCAAAACUCCCUCCAUUUCAAUAUGUGCUCUGUGCAGCGACAUCUCCUGCCAUAAAGCUUCAUGAAGAGACUCUGACUUAUCUCAACCAAGGUCAGUCAUAUGAAAUCCGUCUACUUGAGAAUAGGAAAUUGGGAGAGUUUCAAGAUUUAAACACAAAAUAUAUAAAGAGCAUUAUUCGGGUAGUUUUUCAUGAUCGGCGUUUGCAGUAUACUGAGCACCAACAGCUAGAAGGCUGGAGAUGGAGUCGGCCUGGAGACCGCAUCCUUGACAUAGAUAUCCCACUGUCAGUUGGUAUCUUAGAUCCCAGAGCAAGUCCCACCCAGCUGAAUACAGUUGAAUUUCUGUGGGAUCCAUCUAAGAGAGCAUCUGCAUUUGUUCAGGUGCACUGUAUUAGUACGGAAUUUACUCCAAGGAAACAUGGAGGGGAGAAAGGGGUACCAUUCCGAAUACAAAUGGAUACGUUUAAACAGAAUGAAAACGGGGAGUAUACAGAACACUUGCAUUCUGCAAGCUGCCAGAUCAAAGUAUUUAAGCCUAAAGGAGCAGAUAGGAAACAGAAAACAGACAGAGAAAAAAUGGAGAAGAAAACCACUCAAGAAAGGGAGAAAUAUCAGCCUUCCUAUGAUACAACCAUUCUCACUGAGUGUUCCCCAUGGCCAGAUGUGCCUUAUCAAGUGAACAAUGCUCCAUCUCCAAAUUACAACAGCUCUCCAAACAGUUUCAGCCUUGGAGAAGGCAACAGUUCUCCAACUCAUCAGGUGGAGCUCCUGCCUUCCAGCACUGAUCAUCUCCUUCCCUCUGCUUCUAUUCAAGAUGCUCAGCAGUGGCUUCAUCGAAAUAGGUUUUCUCAGUUCUGUAGACUAUUUUCAAGUUUCUCAGGUGCUGACUUACUGAAGAUGUCCAAAGAAGACUUUGUUCAAAUUUGUGGCCCAGCUGAUGGCAUUCGACUUUUUAAUGCUAUUAAAGGAAGGAAUGUAAGGCCUAAGAUGACCAUUUAUGUCUGUCAAGAACCUGAGCAAAAUCGGACUCAUCAUCAUCAAAAACGAGAGAAUGGAGAUGGUACUCUUUGUAUAUACCAUGCUAUCUUCUUAGAAGAGUUAACUACACUGGAGUUGAUGGAGAAGAUUGCAAACUUGUACAGUAUUUCCCCACAGCAGAUAAACCGGAUCUAUCGGCAAGGACCUACAGGGAUCCAUGUAUUAGUGAGCAAUGAGAUGGUACAAAACUUUCAAGAUGAAUCUUGUUUCCUCAUCUCUACAUUGAAAGCUGAAAGUAAUGAUGGUUACCACAUUAUUCUGAAAUGACCCACUUCUCUGUAUAUUUGGACUUGGAUCAGCUGCACAGCACGACGGCUCAUUCUCCUUCCUGCAACUCAGCCUGUAAAGAUAGAAAAUCCAUUGGAUAAAACACUCUUAUUCACCAAAAGCCCUAACAAGAAGAUUAAAGUGUAUAUUUGGGAGACUCGAGGACCGCAUAAUGCCUUUGCUUUGUUCCUGAUCUAGUGAUAUUUUGAUUCAAGUGCCUUUUUCAGAAAGUAUUGAAAUGAGCAGAUGAAAUAAGCUGAUACAAUAAACCACCAGGUUUUGGAAUUCAUCUUGGAUGUGAAUUUGAAAUUAACUGGGCUUAAUUCUAUUGUCUCCUCUCUUUCCAGACAGUUAAAGGAAGUUAAUUGCAGGUUUUUAUAACUGAUAUGAACUACUUUCCCCCUUAAAGCAGUAUUUUUAAUACUGCUUUGGCAACCUGAAGAUAUGUGGACUUCAGCUGUCAGAAUUCCCCAUACCAUCAAAUUGCCAAAGUUCACAAGCACUACUUCAGAGCAAAGAAACUAUCUUCUAAACUCAUCGUGAGAAAAAAGUUUCUGCACUCUGUUCACAUUAACAGGGGUUUUCUUUUUCCUUUUUUUCCUGAUCUUUUAUACCUCCAGUUUCCAUUUUUAAACUUUUAAUUCAUUUCUUUUGUGUGGGCUUCAGACUUUAAACUAAAACCAGGAUAAAUAGGGUUAGAUCUUACUUGCAACUGAAUGAUGCCCCUCGUUGUAGCUAGCUUAUAUUACAUCAUACAACUUGGCUUUCCUUCGGGUUUAUUGCAUAGAAGGAAAGGGGCUGACUCUUGAGUGGGAAAAUGGGAGAUUGCAAGUUUCCCACCAUUAUAGCUAAGAGAACUACAAAACCCUCAUGGAACUGGGUGAGAUUUGAUUUUGAAAAAUGGCUGCAUGUGUACAUAGCCUGUUGUUAAACAAAAACCUAGCCGCAGUCAAGGCUGCACAUUAAGCUUUACUUUUAAGCCAGUGAUAUGUUCAAGAAUAAUGCAUUGCAUUUUUUUUGCAAAUAAAGUAAAAUAGCUUAAUUCACUGCAUAAGUAAAAAACAAUAAGCAUAAUCAGGAAUAUCUGGCUUUUGUGCCUUGGAUUUAUAACAUGUGUGAAAAAACUCUUAUUUCUGCGGUUAUUCCAUAGCUCUGGUGGUGAUUCCAUGCCUUCAUCUCAAAGCUUUAAAGAGAGUGCUGUUGGAUUUGCUGUGUCUGUUUUUUUUUUCAUGCUUUCUAAUCUGGAAGUGUAACCUACAGGAAUGUACAUGCUUUGUAUGUUAAUGUUCCUUCCACAAGUAGCAUGGACUUUCACAUCUCUAAUCUUUAGAGUGGGGAGAAGCAGAUCUUACAUUGCCCCCACUUCUCUUAGAUAUUGCAUAGAGUUGCACAGAAAUCACAUUAAACUGGAUAGACAGAUGUCUAAUAUUGUAUGUUUUAUAUGCAUUUAAGACAUACCCUUGCACCCUGAUCAAUUGAAUAGGGUAGGUGUGCAGAAGUAGCUUCUGUGCAAAAUUUCCUGUUGGAUUAGAAACAUACAUAAAGAAAGCUAAUGUACAUCGAUCUCCCAUAUGAUUGUAUGAUAGGCCCUGGAUUGGGAUUGCGCACACAAAGGUAGACAACACUGGUUGAGGUGGUAGAUUAUAUGCAGCUGCAUCAUGCAACAUUUGAUUGACAUAUGUUGAGUAAGUGCUCAUGGUCAGAAUCCUCAUAUGUAUAAAGAUAACUUCUUAGACUAGAAUCUUGAUUUAUAUUUUUUUUGCCUUCAUCAAACUCUUGAAAUUAAGCAAAAUAUUGAACUAUUAUACUCCCCAAACAGUUCUGAUGCAAACGUAUCAUGGCACAAUACAAUAUUGGUUCAAAAUUGCCUUUAGCACAUUCCUAACUGUGUGUUGCAUUUCACAGAAGUAUAAAUUCUGAGCUCUUCAUAAUUGUCUUUUUUUACUUCCUGAAAUCAACAAGCUUCAUAGCAGGUUAUUGCUAUUUCCCCACCCACCCCAAAAGAAUGGCGAAAGCUUGUUAUUUCAGAUUAAAAAGUGCAAACCAUUUGAGUCAGUAGCAACAUGUUUUUCUGCCUUAAGUGCUGCAUGUUAAUUCUUGUAAUCCAAUAAGGAAGCUGAUCGAGGUUUAUAAAAUAGCGCUGAUCCUUGACUGCUUCAAAAUACCUCUAGACUAAGAGGGGCUAAGAGUCUUUCUGAGCUGAGGACAUAUUUGGAAGACUGAGAGCCCUUCACCAAAUGAACAUGCUGGAGCUCCCAUUCACAAAUAAAUACCUCUUGUGAUCAGUAUGCCCAGUUCUGUGUGGUCUGGAUGCACUUUAUUGUGGAAAUAAAGAAACUGCUGGAAAUGGUUAAGCAGCAUGCCAACUUUCCAUUUAAAAUUUAAAUCAGUAAACAAAUUUUGGGAUGGCAGGGACCAAGGAAUAGGAUUUUGAGAAAUUACUGCCAGAAAAUUGUAUUAUCUUGCUGUAUCUAUAGCUAUGAGACCUUACUUGUCUCAUAGUACUGACCCUGACAUCUGAGAGAAAAUUUUUGGGUAAUGAAAUGUUUGGUGAUGAAAAGGAUAUUAGAUGUCACAAUACCUUUUAAUAGUGCUAGUCUCUCAGGAAAAGCAGCUUUAAAUCAAUAUCUGACUUUUAAAAAUGUAUGCUGAAUGUUUGCGCUUAUGCCUUUUGCUUUAUCCCUAUUUUUUGUCUUAUUGUGAAGCCUGGUUGAUCUUAAUUUCACUAAAAGUUUGAUAUCCUCAAAUGAUUGGAUGAGGGUAUUUGUGUCUUUCAGAAGGGGUAUGGGAGUUUUCUUGUUUUUACUGUGUAACACAAGAACAAUUUUAAUUGUGAUUUAAAUGAAGGGAGAAUGGAGGCCCAGAAUAAGACUUCUGAGUGAAAGUGUCAGAAUGUUUGUUUAUCGAUUUUUAAAAAAUACAUAUUUUGCACUGGCCAUUCUACUGUUGUACAGAAAAAAAGGUUUCCUGUCAUUCAACUUUGUGCUCUGUUGAAACUAUAAAUAAACUUGUUUGUAAAAAACAA